CUAGCGAGGUAGGUAGCGGCUGAAGAUCCUGCCUCACUUAGUAACACGCGCUGCGUUCCGUGGAAGAGCUGCCGCUUGGUUCGGAUUCUGAGUUGAGGUGACCGGAGCAAAGAAAAGCAGCGAUGAAAAUCGAAGAGGUUAAGAGCACCACAAAGACCCAACGGAUUGCCAGCCAUAGCCAUGUGAAGGGCCUGGGCUUAGACGAGAGCGGCCUGGCCAAGGCGGUGGCCGCCGGGCUGGUGGGCCAGGAGAACGCCCGGGAGGCUUGUGGGAUCAUAGUGGAGCUGAUCAGAAGUAAGAAGAUGGCUGGAAGGGCUGUCUUAUUGGCUGGACCUCCAGGAACCGGCAAGACCGCUUUGGCUCUGGCCAUUGCACAGGAGCUGGGAAACAAAGUACCAUUCUGUCCUAUGGUGGGAAGUGAAGUCUAUUCAACUGAAAUCAAGAAGACAGAAGUACUUAUGGAGAAUUUCAGGCGAGCAAUUGGCCUAAGGAUUAAAGAGACAAAGGAAGUUUAUGAAGGCGAGGUCACAGAACUGACCCCUUGUGAGACUGAAAAUCCCAUGGGUGGUUAUGGAAAGACAGUCAGCCACGUUAUCAUUGGGUUAAAGACAGCAAAGGGCACAAAACAACUGAAGCUUGAUCCCAGUAUCUAUGAGAGUCUACAGAAGGAGCGCGUUGAAGUUGGAGAUGUGAUUUAUAUUGAAGCAAAUAGCGGAGCCGUGAAGAGGCAAGGCAGGUGUGAUACAUAUGCCACGGAAUUUGACCUUGAAGCUGAAGAGUAUGUUCCACUGCCAAAGGGCGAUGUUCACAAGAAGAAAGAAAUCAUACAGGACGUGACAUUGCAUGAUCUAGAUAUUGCCAAUGCAAGACCACAGGGUGGCCAAGAUAUCCUGUCCAUGAUGGGUCAGCUAAUGAAACCAAAGAAGACAGAAAUCACAGACAAACUACGGGCUGAAAUUAAUAAGGUUGUUAAUAAGUACAUCGAUCAAGGAAUCGCCGAGUUGGUUCCAGGGGUCCUCUUCAUUGAUGAAGUGCCUAUGCUUGACAUUGAGUGCUUCACUUACUUGCACCGGGCGCUUGAAUCCAGCAUUGCCCCCAUUGUUAUUUUUGCUACAAACAGAGGAAACUGCAUUAUUCGAGGUACGGAGGAUGUCGUAUCUCCCCACGGAAUCCCACUUGAUCUUCUAGACCGAGUCAUGAUCAUCAGAACCAUGUUGUACACUCCCGAUGAGAUGAUGCAGAUAAUCAAGAUCCGGGCACAGAUUGAAGGCAUCAGCAUCACGGAGGAUGCUCUGCUUCACUUAGGGGAUAUUGGCACAAAGACAACUCUGAGGUACGCUGUGCAGCUCCUCACCCCUGCAAACCUGCUGGCGAAGAUCAAUGGGAAAGAAGCCAUCGAGAAAGAACACGUGGAGGAAAUCAACGAACUCUUUUACGAUGCCAAGUCAUCUGCGAAAAUUCUUGCUGAGCACCAAGAAAAGUACAUGAAAUGAUAAGUGUAGGAAUGGGCCAAUGAACCGAGGUGGUCUGUUGGGAAAUUAAAAGAAACUGUAAUGGAAGUACCCAGCAAGGUCAUCAGAUCUUGCAGAAAGGAGGCAGGGCAGCAUUGGGACAGGAGAUAUCAAAAUGGAAAUUGUUUGUUAAAUAAAAU